GAAGUUGACUGACAAUGGAGAAGAGAGUUUAUUGAUAACAGCAAAUGGAACUUCUCUUUAUGUAACUGGAUCCAAAAAAGGAAAGAAAUUCCUUACAGUAAAUCAACACAUAGUGGAACAGUUUAAAGAAUUCUGCUAUGUUUAGCUAUGACUUCCCCAUGUUGGCCGUGGACAAGAUGUUUCUGUUGACUUUCAAAGAAAAUGAGCAAGUUAUUGCAUUCCACUGAAACCAUCCGAUAUGUACAUAUUACAAGAAAUCACCAAUUAUUCUACUGUUUUAUGGAAAAAGUUCGUAAAAAGGAGGACAAUAGGUGAUAUUUUGGCUGCAAAGUAUGAAAUACUUAUUGAUCUUCGUCCAGUUAAUGACAGCUCACCUCCCAGAAAACAGCAAUGCAGUGCCCUAAAUACCGACACUGGACAAGGUUUUUAAAUAACUUGGAACAUACUGUCUAUAUGUGUCUUGUAUGUGUAUUGUUUUGAAAUUAAGCCUUAUUAUUGAUAAAACUAUUUUAAUCAUGUUAGAAAUUUGGGAAUAAAAAUUACGAUAUAUUUUUACACUAAGUUUGAACAUGAAGGAAAGAUAACUCUUACAUACACAAGAAUAGUAAGUCUUCUCUCCAAGAUGGCAAAAGUUCAAUUCAUCGCCAAAUUCGUAAUAACACCAUAAAUCUAAAAGAACAAAAGGUGGCGGUUUAUCGAGAGUUGACUGUACAUUCAAGCUUAUGAACACACUAGGAGAAUCUUCAGAGACAAACAGUUUCACUUAAUAGAUAAUACAGUGCUUUCUUUGGUGUGUUAAUCACAAACAUUACAGAAGAAUGCAUAACCUGUCCAUAUUUUGUACUUGUUAGUGACAAUUCAUGUUUUGUUCGUAUUAGUGACAAUUCAUGUUUUGUUCGUAUUAGUGACAAUUCAUGUUUUGUUCGUAUUAGUGACAAUUCAUGUUUUGUUCUUGUUGUUUGUGACAAUUCAUGUUUUGUUCUUGUUAUUGAUAAUUCAUGUUUUUGUUCUUGUUGUUAGUGACAAUUCAUGUUUUGUUCUUGUUGUUAUUGAUAAUUUCAUGUUUUGUUCUUGUUAUUGAUAAUUCCAUGUUUUGUUCUUGUUGUUAUUGAUAAUUCAUGUUUUGUUCUUGUUGUUUGUGACAAUUCAUGUUUUGUUCUUGUUCUUAGUGACAUUUCUAUGUUUUGUUCUGGUUGUUAUUGAUAAUUCCAUGUUUUGUUCUUGUUGUUAUUGAUAAUUCCAUGUUUUGUUCUUGUUGUUAGUGAUAAUUCCAUGUUUUGUUCUUGUUGUUAUUGAUAAUUCCAUGUUUUGUUGUUGUUGUUAUUGAUAAUUCCAUGUUUUGUUCUUGUUGUUUGUGAUAAUUCCAUGUUUUGUUCUUGUUGUUAUUGAUAAUUCCAUGUUUUGUUCUUGUUGUUUGUGAUAAUUCCAUGUUUUGUUCUUGUUGUUUGUGACAAUUCCAUGUUUUGUUCUUGUUGUUAUUGACAAUUCCAUAUUUUGUUCUUGUUCUUAGUGACAAUUUUGCCAGAGGAAACCCCCAAAAUAAGGACCAAGUUAAAUCCCAUGGAAAGGUAUUUAAAGAAACAUUGUGUCAAGUUUCCAUCCAAACCAACGUCUGCCAUCACUGUCGUGAAAGUUGAAGAAAUUAACUAUGAUGAUGAAAUGGAGCAGCCAGAGGAUAUCAAUAACAGCCCACUGCAAACGAAGCUAAACAGUUUCCAGGUCUUCAACAUUGAAAGUCAGGAAUACCAGGCGAGAAAAUGGAGGACCAGUCAUUUACAUGAUACUUCACGCUUUUGGACUACUGGAAAACCUAAACAAGGUGUUCGAAAGAGUGUCAAAUGUCAAGUUCAUAAAGAACAAAUGAGCUCUCAGGAAAAAUCUAAAGGAUCCAUGGAUGAAGAGAUUAGUCUGGGCACUGGCACUGUCUCUGAUGUUGCAUUGAAUUUCAUCCAGGCUGAAUCUGCUGAUGGAAAUAGUAUGGUUAUAGGUAAACUCAGUCAUUUUGUCAGCAGUGAACCAGGAAUGCCUAAAGAGAGUAAUCCCAGUAGACAAUCUGCUGAGAAAACUAGGAAGGGAUCUUCUAUACAAACUGGACAGUUUGAUUCACAGAAGGAUAAAUCAAAAAAUUUUGCAGACUCUCAACAAAACACGGGUGUGAGAAAUAGAAGCUCCACGGUAAAGACAGCGUCUGAUAAUUCUAAUCAGAAAAGCAACAGUGAUGUUAAAAACAGUUAUGUAAAAGAAUCAAGUUCAAGCGAGGCUGGUCCUGAUAUGGUCACUGAGAUUAUUUGCAGUGCUGGUGAUAUUUCAAAUCAAACUGAUGGUUGUGUCAGUGAAACCAUGGUGUAUGAUACCAGCAAUGCUCAUACUGAUAAUGAUGAAAAUCAUUUACAGCAGAUAGAUUCUGUUAACUUGCAUGUAAAAACUACUAAUGAAUCAAGUCACCAUGCAGUCUACGAUGAAAAUUCAGAUGUUGCAAAAGGCAAUGAGGAAGGGGGUACUGGUAAUUCAUGUCAAAAGGACUCAUGCCCCGCCAGCAGUGAAAGUCAGCAUGUCGUCAAAAAAUGUGACAAAAACAAUCCUACCUCUCCUUCAAAGGAAAUGGAUUCUCAAGAAUCCAUAAAACUUGAUAACAGAGAUAUCACCUGUGAUUCUAAACCUGUGAAAUGUGUCGAAUCAUGUCACAAAAAUUCUGACAGUACCUCAGAAGACAAGUCACAUGAUACUGCAUGUGAUUUACGCAGUGAUGUUACUGAGUCUGCUGACAAAGAGACCAUUUUAUAUAUAGAUUCUCAAGUGAAACCUGCUGAAAUGAACCCCAAGGAAACGAAAACGUGGGAUCUUGAAAAAGAACUGAAGAAACCUACUCUUUCUCCAGAGAAAACUAAACCCAAAACUUUGAAAAGGACCUCAUCUGAAAUAAGUGUCCGAUUACCUGUUUCAGAACUGAAGAAACCUACUCUUACUCCAGAGAAAACUAAACCCAAAACUUUGAAAAGGACUUUAUCUGAAAUAAGUGUCCGAUUACCUGUUUCAGAACUGAAGAAACCUACUCUUACUCCAGAGAAAACUAAAUCCAAAACUUUGAAAAGGACUUUAUCUGAAAUAAGUGAUGAACCCAUUUCAAAAAGAAAGAAAUCUACUUCGAAAAGUACCAAACCUUCAUGUACUGGAGGGAACAAUGAUUCUACCAUUUCAUAUAAAACGGAUAGCAAUAAUGAAGCCAGCCCUGGUGAAGCCAGUCAGAAGUCACCUUCUAAGAAACCUACACAGUCAGCUGCUGCUGACAAAUCUCAGUGUGAUGUGAAAAACUUGAGAAUAGAUUUGAAAGCUUUAGCAAUGGAACUGGCACGUCGAAAACAGAAGAAAUAGUGACUGUUUGCAGGUCAAAACUGAAAAGUCAAAUUCUCAGUGUUUCAUAGUAUUGAUGGAUUUUGUUAUCUCUUUUUUACUUGCGUUGUCGCACGCCAUGGCUAAAACGUGUGCUCCUCUUCCCUUUCACCCGUGGCUCUGUGUUACAAUUUCUUCGUUUCUCAUAGAUAUGCAUGACGAGAAUGACGUAAUCCAUUAUCAAUAGAAGUAAAACAGCUAUAAUGGAUGUGGCAAUGAAAACGUGCUCUUUUUGCACCGAAAUUAUAGUAAACAAAAGUCCUACAGAUCGAUGACAUCUGAACAGUUUCACAGUUUAUUUCUUAUAUAUUUAAUUUUAUUUAUUAUAUAUGUUCACUUGUUCCAAAAAAAGGGGGGGGGGGGUGAGUUCACCAAUACACAACACUUGGCAUCUUUACUCUCUGAAUAUUUCAUUAGAAACACCCGGUAGUGUAAAGACUUCUCACCGCGUGUUCUUAGUGACAGAAAAACAUUAUGAUCCUCAUAAAUGCACCUUCAUAACUGCCAAUGUUAAACACAUGUGUACACAAUGAUUUUGUGUUUGUUAGUGGAAGAACAAGCAUUCUGAUUGGUCAGAGUAAUAUAACAGCAUUCUAUAAACAGUUUAAAUUUACGAUUAAGUCUUGCUCAAAAGCUCAGUGAUUGGCCAAAUCAUGUCGUGCAUAUUUAUGAGAAACGAAGAAAUUGUCACGCAGAGAGCGACUGGUGAAAGGGAAGAGGAGCGUACUUUUCAGCUGUGGCUUGCGAUGAUGUUUUACUUGCGAAAUAUCUAGAAUCUGAAUUCUUUGUGUAGAUGAAUUUUUCUUUACUGCAAAUUCAAUGGAGCAGAAAAUGUUAUAACAAAUUUGUUAAUGAAAUGGAAUAGUGAAAAAAGUACAUUGACUUAGAUAUUGAUGUUUUGUCCUGACUGCCCAUCAAUAUUUUGUCCUUACUGCCUAACUAAACUUAGAAAAGGUUUCAUUUACCCAAAUUUUAAUAAGCAAAUGUUAUGAUGUGGGAUUUUUAUUAUUUAUUUUUUUUUCAUUUUCAACUUUCAUUUAGUGUCUCCUUGAUAGUCUCUGAGUAAAAUAUACACUUGUCAAUAGUAAGACUUAAACAUUAUAUUUAGGGGAAUCAUGUCUUCAGUAACUUAAAAUCAAAAUAUCUGUGAAAUACUGGUUUAGUACUACUAUGAUUAAGUCACUCAGGUGACCUAUUCCUAUUGGUCUUUGUUGUGUAUUAAAAAUUGAACAUUUUUAACUUUUUCUUGAUAAUUGGCCUCUAAUUCCUUUCAGAUUUGGUAUGAAGCAUCUUUGGGACAAGAGGGAUAUGAAUUGUAAAUUUCAGUACUCCUACAACCCAGGGUCUUGUGGAUGGAGCAAAAACUGUUAAUUGAUUGAAUAUUGUUUAAUGUCCCUCGCGAGAAUCUUUCCCUCAUAUGGAGAUGUCACCAUUAUCUGUGAAGGGCUGUAAAAUUUAGGCCUAUGCUCAACACUUACAGCCUUUGAGCAGGUAGGGAUUUUUAUCAUGCUACACCUAGCUGCUGUGACACAGGACCUUGGUUUUUGUGGUCUCAUCUGAAGGACUGUCCCAUUUAGUCGCCACUUAUGACAAGCAAGGGGUAAUGAGGACCCAAUUUUAACCCAGAUCCCAAAUACUGUCAAAAAUUGACCAAUUUUCAAAAAUCUUUUCUUCAAUUGUACAUCUGUAAAAAAAAAAAAAAAAAAUGCAUCGAGACAUGUAGAGGUAGACAUGUAGAGCAGGAAGGAAUCUACCAAAAUUGUAAAUUUCAUGAAUCUCUGGAUAGAGGUUCUGACUCCAGGGCAGGGCCAAACCACAGGCACCUGAAGUAUGAACACUACUACCCCCCCCCCCCCCCCCCCCCUACUGAAUUUAUUUUUUGCAGCGAUAAUUUCAACGAAAUGUGUGGGCUCCCUGUCUAUCCCAACCCAAUUUCAAUUUAUGUAAUCAUUUUAUGCAUUUUGUAAGCUUUAGAGAUUAGCCUUGUACCAGUGUAAUAUGUGUGAAAUACAUUUAUUCUAAUCAUAGACGUCUAACAGAAAUAACGAGCAGCAAAUCUAUUUCUGCGUACCACCUAUAUUUACUUCUGAAAUAAUCUUCUCACGGCCCUUUACCAAAAUUGUAAAUUUCACUGUCCCAAGGCUAGGGCUGGGGUUUUGGUACUAUGGUGGGGCUAGAGUGGUCAUAAUGAUUAAAUAUCUUUAUCACUAAUGGCAUAUUUAGGAAAAUGAGAAAGGGUGUACCAUUAAUGUGAAUUUCACAUCUCUAGGGUGGGUCCAAAAUAGUUACAUAUACUAUGUAUAGUCUUUCAUCAGUACAGGCAAUUUGGGGGGCAUUUUGUUUUAUGCUGCUACUGAAUGCAGAAUUUAGCAUAGGUAUGCAGAACAUACGAAAAUUAUAGAUUUCGUAGCCCUUAGGGCUAGUAAUACUAAUACUCAGGUGACAAGGAAGGCCUGUUGUUUAACAAAAAAGUUUGCCAUCAUAUAUGAUAAUUUUUCCUUAUUUAAGCAUUAAGAUGUUGGAUAAACAUUAUAUUGUUGGUUCCAUCUUUCAUUGUGCAACAAUGAGUUUUAUACAGGUCCUUUUCAUGUUGCAAUCUAUAUAAUGGAACGCAAGAUGUAUCUUGUUAUUAGUUCAUUCAUUACAUAUUUAAAGUUUACAACUAGUGAAAGAUACACAUCCAUUCCAUUUGAUAACACAUUGAAUUCAGAGUUGGCCAUCAUCACUUUAGCUAAAAAGGUGUUAGCCAUUGAAAUUUUCCUACUUCAAUAAUGAAUAUGCCCACUGUUAGCAUUGGAUGUUGCUCAAAUUCAGUGAUGCUUAGACUGUUAAACAGUUUAUUUGUGCCAUAGGGUUGUUGCAUUACUCUUUCAGACAUGCCUGAUGCAAAGUGGGUAGAACCUCUGGAUUUGGACAUAUUGGAAUGCCCCACGCAUUGUUCUACUGGCUAACUAGAGAUUGGGACUGUGUGGGAACCAAGGUAAUGUGUUAACAUUAUUUUGGUGAAAACAGACCUCUGUACAUCAUGCCGUAAGACACCGGGUUUGUUUUAAGUUGUGCUGGCAGAUAAGCAGCAGAACCACAGGUUGCAGAACAGUGUCGAUGUACCACCAAGCUGUCAAACUGCCUGCAAUGAUGACCAUGCUGGUUUUUCAGCCACUGUAGAUCCCACGGCACCAAAUCAGUUAUUGUAAAACAUUCACUGCAAUGUCGAAAAAAUGCUGCCAUCUAUUUGAGCAGUACCAUCUUUGCUGUAGGGAAAAUACAUUUAGACAUUGUUGUCGCGAUCAUUGGAGUCUGAAGGCAUGACGAUUAAGGGCCUUUCCCACUGCAAUCCGACAUGACUGGAUGUCAUAGGUGACAAGAAUGGGUAGUGUGACCAAGUUCAAUCGACCAUGAAUUGCUUGGGAAUCUGUGAUAUCAUGCAAUUUGAAAAUUGUCAACAAUGAAUUGUCAAGAAUUAUCAAUGUUUAAUUGGGGUUGUGUUUCUUUUGUGUGUCAGUAUGUAACCAUUUAUAUUUAAAAAUAUGUCUAUUAUUAGUGUUGGUACAUUUAGCAAUGAAAUUUUCACACACGUGCAUGUAGUCUGAUACAGUCAAUGUGAAAUAUAUCGUGAAUAUCUUGAAGAAGCGGUGUAUAAAGAUAUUUGGGAGGAGAGAAUGGCAGCUAUAUUGAGAAAUAUGUAUAAUGUUGCUUAUAUAAUGUAUUAUUAUUCAUAGAAAAUUACAAAGUAAAUGUCAAUAUUGUA